AUGGACUGUGGCUAUUUGGAGUACGAAGAUGAUUUUUGUUUGAUGACAUUUUCAGAAAACUUUCUGCUCAUCGCGUCGACCGGCCUUUGCGUCGAGCGAUUGUUUCUACGUCAUCUUGAAAUUUACUCCGACCCGUCAGUGCUCGUUUUGGUAGUGGGCACCAAUCAGCAAGACCAGGACUACUUUUGUGAAUGCGUUCGCAAAAGAGGUUGUGCCGAACCGAAGCGCCUUACCGGUGCAGCUGGCACCGGUGACCGCCAUCUUAUUUAUUUAGAGGGUGGCGUUCAGUUUGUGACCACCAACAUUUUGGUCAACGACCUGCUUAGCGAACGUUUGCCGACAAACUUGGUAACCGCAGUCCUGUUCUAUCGGGCACACAUUGUCGUCCGAUCAGCGCUAGAGGCGUUCGUCUUGCGGACCAUUCGACAGAAGAACCAACAAUGCUUGGUCAAGGCGUUCAGCGAUGAUCCCCGAACGUUUUGCGAGAGCUUUGGACAACUCCAACGCGCCGCCACGAUGCUGCAAGUGGAGAAGGUUCGGUUUAUGCCUCGGUUUCAAGCUGAGGUACGCUAUGCUAAUUUUGUUCCACCUUUGUUCAGUUUUCAGUGACC